AUAUAUGGUCACGUGAUUUUUAACAACAAGGAAGAAGCCGUUUGCACCGAAGAACAUACAGCGUUUUAUUUAUUUUUUUCAACGUUUAUAAUCAGUGAUCGUUAUGUUUAACGUUCUUUAUUCUUUUUUGAAGUUUUUCUUGUCUUGAAUGCAGUAUUACGUGUUAAUAGAUCAUUUGGUUGUUAUUAAAUGUUUGAAACCUGACUAGAUACUUUUAUCUGGCAACAAUUCCCGCAGAAGCCACAACAAUGAGCGCGUUUAGAAAAAGAGGAAGCUUUCUUGUUGUCCUUUAUUACGUCGGGAGUUUUCACGUCCUUUUCGGAUACAAUGUAUCCAGAGAAGAGCAGCGCGAUCUCAGCUUGAACAGGAAAUGGACCAUACAGAACUCAAAUGGGUCUCUGUCGCUUCCUGCAGAGGUACCGGGGUGUGUACACUCUGCUCUCCUGAAACAGGGCUUUAUCAAGGAUCUCUACUUCAGGUUCAAUGAUGUAGCAUACAGGUGGAUCGCUCUUGACAACUGGACAUACACGACUACAUUUUCUUCCUCAACAGAGCUAAGGGCUAAACAAAGAGUCCAGCUGGUGUUUGAAGGAGUGGACACUGUAGCGUCCAUCUCUCUGAAUGGAGUUGUUGUGGGAAAGACAGACAACAUGUUCCGCAGAUAUGACUUCAGCGUAGGCCAGUUGUUGAGGGAAGGGGAGAACAUUGUGAAGGUGAGCCUCCUCUCCCCUGUCGUGUACGCCUCAGAGAGGAGUCAGGCUCACUCCUCCUACAGCGUGCCCCCUGACUGUCCUCCACCCGUCCAGAAGGGAGAAUGUCACGUCAACUUUAUCAGAAAGGCUCAGAGUUCCUUCAGCUGGGACUGGGGGCCGUCAUUCCCAACCCUGGGGCUGUGGAAGGGUGUUCAUCUGGAGGCCUUUGAUGUGCUGCGCCUAAUCCAUCUCUCUACUGUACCAGUCUAUAACUCCUCUCUGUCUCAGUGGGUGGUAAAGGUGGAAGUGUUGGUUGAUGCUGUGGAGGAGACUAAAGUCCAGGUCAACCUCUCUCUGAUGGAGCUGUCUACAGAACAAACCUUCAUGGUGGUGUUUCCAUCUGGGCAGAGCAAGAACACCUUGAGCCUCCAUGUCAACACAAGUAACCAGGUGAAGCUGUGGUGGCCCAGUGGCCAUGGUGAGCAGCACUCCUAUCAUCUCAGUGUGAGAGGAACCAUGCUGGAGGGAACAGCCAUACUCAGGACAGACACACAGGUGUAUUUCCGUACAGUAGAGCUGGUCCAGGAGCCAAUCGCUGGUUCCCCUGGGCUGAGUUUCUACUUCCGGGUCAACAAGAAGCCCAUCUUCCUGAAGGGGUCAAACUGGAUCCCAGCUCACGCCCUUCAGGACCUGGUCAGCCCUGCUGAUGUGAGGAACCUUCUACAGUCGUCCGUAAGCGCUAAUAUGAACGCUCUCAGGGUCUGGGGGGGAGGAGUCUAUGAGCAGGACAUGUUCUACUCUCUCUGUGAUGAGAUGGGGAUCAUGAUCUGGCAGGACUUCAUGUUUGCCUGUGCCAUGUACCCCACUGAGCCUGACUUCAUAGAGACGGUUAGAGAGGAGGUUGUCCAACAGGUGAGGCGCUUAAAGUCCCACCCCUCGGUCAUCGUGUGGAGUGGGAACAACGAGAAUGAGGCGGCCCUGGCCACUAAUUGGUUCGGCAUCCCCGUUGCCCAGCAACCCCGGUACCAUAGAGACUAUGUGACUCUGUAUGUGGACAACAUCAGGGCUAUUGUUCAGAAGGAAGACGGUAGCCGCCCGUUCCUAGUCUCCAGUCCCACUAACGGAGUAGAGUCUCAGCAGGAGGGCUGGGUGGCCCACGACCCCUACGACCUACACUAUGGAGACACACACUACUAUAGCUACAGCCAUGACUGCUGGGACUGGACGGCCCUGCCACGCACACGCUUCGCCUCCGAGUACGGCUUCCAGUCCUGGCCCUCCUUCUCCACCUUGCAGAAGGUGUCUGUGUCAGAAGACUGGAGUUAUGGGAGUAACUUCUCGUCUCACCGUCAGCACCACCAGACUGGCAACCAGCAGAUGCUGCAACAGGCUGGACUACACUACCAUCUCCCAGCCUCAGCAGAUCCACUGAAGAGAUACAGGGACACACUGUACAUCACACAGGUCAUGCAGGCCCAGUGUGUUAAGGUCCAGACAGAGUUCUACCGCCGCAGCAAGAGUGAUGUCAUCGAGGGCAAAGGUCACACCAUGGGAGCUCUCUACUGGCAACUCAAUGAUAUCUGGCAGGGCCCUUCCUGGUCCUCUAUAGAGUUUGGUGGGAAGUGGAAGAUGCUCCAUUACUUUGCCAAAGACUUCUUCUCCCCUGUGCUUCCGGUGGGCUUUGAGGACCAGGGUAGUCUGGUGGUCUAUGCUGUGUCUGACCUGAGCCACGACCUUCACCUCAGGACUGUGGUUUCAGUCUAUGAGUGGAGCAGUCUGGAUCCUGUGUGCACUGUGGCUUCCGGAUUGGUGCUUGUGGAAGGAGGAAGUGCUGAGGUCAUCCACAAACAGCCAAUCACAGCCCUGCUGGCGGGGUGUGGGCGCGGGAGCUGUACCCGCCUCACCUGUCUCCUGACCUUUCACCUUGAGGACGUCAACAGCCAGCAAGGUCCCAUUAACCACCUCUUCCUCAGCUCACCCAAAAAUACCCAGCGGAUGCUGAGACCCAACAUCACAGCCGAGGUGCAGCAGGACGAGAUGGGAGGAUACACCGUGACCCUGCAGUCCUCUGCCGUAGCAGCUUUCGUAUGGCUGGAUGUGGGGGACGUCCCAGGACGAUUCGGCACCAACGGAUUCCUCAUGGUCACCAGGAACAGAACAGUCACCUUUAACCCCUGGGGUCCCACCAGUACCCAGCAGCUAGCCCAGGCACUGACUGUUACGUCAUUGAGAGAUGUGUACUGACUAUCUUGCGUAUCAAAUGGCAUGCUAUACCCUACAUAGUGCACUACUUUAGACCAGAGCUCUAUGGGUUGUCCACUAUAUAGGGAAUAGGGUGCCAUUUUGGACGUACUUACUGAACCACUACCCAGUACCCAGGAGUUAACCCAAAACCCUCUCCCUAACCUCUCUGAGAUGAGUACUGAGACCUUCUCCCUAACCUCUCAGAGAUGAGUACUGAGACCCUCUCCCUAACCUCUCAGAGAUGAGUACUGAGACCCUCUCCCUAACCUCUCUGAGAUGAGUACUGAGACCCUCUCCCUAACCUCUCUGAGAUGAGUACUGAGACCCUCUCCCUAACCUCUCUGAGAUGAGUACUGAGACCCUCUCCCUAACCUCGCUGAGAUGAGUACUGAGACCCUCUCCCUAACCUCUCUGAGAUGAGUACUGAGACACUCUCCCUAACCUCUCUGAGAUGAGUACUGAGACCCUCUCCCUAACCUCUCAGAGAUGAGUACUGAGACCCUCUCCCUAACCUCUCAGAGAUGAGUACUGAGACCCUCUCCCUAACCUCUCUGAGAUGUGUACUGAGACCCUCUCCCUAACCUCUCUCUGAGAUGAGUACUGAGACCCUCUCCUUAACCUCUCUGAGAUGAGUACUGAGACCCUCUCCCUAACCUCUCUGAGAUGAGUACUGAGACCCUCUCCCUAACCUCUCAGAGAUGAGUACUGAGACCCUCUCCCUAACCUCUCAGAGAUGAGUACUGAGACCCUCUCCCUAACCUAUCUCAGAGAUGAGUACUGAGACCCUCUCCCUAACCUCUCUGAGAUGAGUACUGAGACCCUCUCCCUAACCUCUCUGAGAUGAGUACUGAGACCCUCUCCCUAACCUCUCAUAGAUGAGUACUGAGACCCUCUCCCUAACCUCUCAGAGAUGAGUACUGAGACCCUCUCCCUAACCUCUCUGAGAUGUGUACUGAGACCCUCUCCCUAACCUCUCUCUGAGAUGAGUACUGAGACCCUCUCCUUAACCUCUCUGAGAUGAGUACUGAGACCCUCUCCCUAACCUCUCUGAGAUGAGUACUGAGACCCUCUCCCUAACCUCUCUGAGAUGAGUACUGAGACCCUCUCCCUAACCUACCUCAGAGAUGAGUACUGAGACCCUCUCCCUAACCUACCUCAGAGAUGAGUACUGAGACCUUCUCUCUGAGAUGAGUACUGAGACCUUCUCCCUAACCUCUCUGAGAUGAGUACUGAGACCUUCUCCCUAACCUCUCAGAGAUGAGUACUGAGACCUUCUCUCUGAGAUGAGUACUGAGACCUUCUCCCUAACCUCUCAGAGAUGAGUACUGAGACCCUCUCCCUAACCUACCUCAGAGAUGAGUACUGAGACCCUCUCCCUAACCUCUCUGAGAUGAGUACUGAGACCUUCUCCCUAACCUCUCAGAGAUGAGUACUGAGACCUUCUCCCUAACCUCUCAGAGAUGAGUACUGAGACCCUCUCCCUAACCUCUCAGAGAUGUGUACUGAGACCUUCUCUCUGAGAUGAGUACUGAGACCCUCUCCCUAACCUCUCUGAGAUGUGUACUGAGACCCUCUCCCUAUCCUCUCUCUGAGAUGAGUACUGAGACCCUCUCCCUAACCUCUCAGAGAUGAGUACUGAGACCCUCUCCCUAACCUCUCUGAGAUGUGUACUGAGACCCUCUCCCUAUCCUCUCUCUGAGAUGAGUACUGAGACCCUCUCCCUAACCUCUCAGAGAUGAGUACUGAGACCCUCUCCCUAACCUACCUCAGAGAUGAGUACUGAGACCCUCUCCCUAACCUACCUCAGAGAUGUGUACUGAGACCUUCUCUCAGAGAUGAGUACUGAGACCCUCUCCCUAACCUACCUCAGAGAUGAGUACUGAGACCCUCUCCCUAACCUACCUCAGAGAUGUGUACUGAGACCUUCUCUCUGAGAUGUGUACUGAGACCUUCUCCCUAACCUCUCAGAGAUGAGUACUGAGACCUUCUCCCUAACCUCUUAGAGAUGAGUACUGAGACCCUCUCCCUAACCUCUCAGAGAUGAGUACUGAGACCCUCUCCCUAACCUCUCUGAGAUGAGUACUGAGACCCUCUCCCUAACCUCUCUGAGAUGAGUACUGAGACCCUCUCCCUAACCUCUCAGAGAUGAGUACUGAGACCCUCUCCCUAACCUCUCAGAGAUGAGUACUGAGACCCUCUCCCUAACCUAUCUCAGAGAUGAGUACUGAGACCCUCUCCCUAACCUCUCUGAGAUGAGUACUGAGACCCUCUCCCUAACCUCUCUGAGAUGAGUACUGAGACCCUCUCCCUAACCUCUCAGAGAUGAGUACUGAGACCCUCUCCCUAACCUCUCAGAGAUGAGUACUGAGACCCUCUCCCUAACCUCUCUGAGAUGUGUACUGAGACCCUCUCCCUAACCUCUCUCUGAGAUGAGUACUGAGACCCUCUCCUUAACCUCUCUGAGAUGAGUACUGAGACCCUCUCCCUAACCUCUCUGAGAUGAGUACUGAGACCCUCUCCCUAACCUCUCUGACAUUAGUACUGAGACCCUCUCCCUAACCUACCUCAGAGAUGAGUACUGAGACCCUCUCCCUAACCUACCUCAGAGAUGAGUACUGAGACCUUCUCUCUGAGAUGAGUACUGAGACCUUCUCCCUAACCUCUCUGAGAUGAGUACUGAGACCUUCUCCCUAACCUCUCAGAGAUGAGUACUGAGACCUUCUCUCUGAGAUGAGUACUGAGACCUUCUCCCUAACCUCUCAGAGAUGAGUACUGAGACCCUCUCCCUAACCUACCUCAGAGAUGAGUACUGAGACCUUCUCCCUAACCUCUCAGAGAUGAGUACUGAGACCUUCUCCCUAACCUCUCAGAGAUGAGUACUGAGACCCUCUCCCUAACCUCUCAGAGAUGAGUACUGAGACAUGAGAAACCCCAAAACUCUCUGUCAGUUGGAUUCGACAAUGUUGUGUGUGGGAUUUGUUGUAAAUAAGAUACAAGUGAAGGAAUUUGCAUUAAUAAAGUAAAUGGAGAUA